AUGUCGGCAGGAAAUCUUUCCCGAUUUUGGGAAUGGGGCAGAAAAAUCAUUUGCGUGGGCCGAAACUACGCGGAGCACGCCAAAGAGCUGCAAAACGCCGUUCCCGCGGAGCCGCUGCUGUUCUUGAAGCCGCCCUCCGCCUACGUCCGAGAGGGUUCGCCCAUCUUGGUGCCCUUCUACUCCGGCCAGCUGCACCACGAGGUGGAGCUCGGGGUGGUGAUCGGCAAGGGCGGCUCGGCCAUCCCUCGAUCGGCCGCCAUGGAGCACGUCGCCGGCUACGCGCUGUGCUUGGACAUGACGGCCCGGGACGUCCAGGACGAGUGCAAGUCCAAAGGUCUGCCCUGGACGCUCGCCAAGGCCUUCGACACCUCCUGCCCGGUCAGCGAGUUCGUCCCCAAGGAGCGCAUCCCCGAGCCGGGCGACGUCCGACUCUGGCUGAAGGUCAACGAUCAGCUGAGACAGAGCGGAAGCACCUCCCAGAUGAUUUUCCCCAUCCCUUACCUCAUCAGUUACAUCAGCGACUUUAUCACCCUGGAGGAGGGCGACCUCAUCCUGACCGGGACCCCCGAGGGGGUGUCGGCCGUGCGAAAGCAUGACCGACUGCAGGCCGGUAUCGAGGGGAUCGUCACCAUGACUUUCACAGUUGACACGAAAGAUCGCCGCUAG